CCAAGUAUGGACAUUAAAAAAGAGGCAACUGGCACUGCUAAGCCUGUACAAACCAGGCUUUUUUGGCAGCAAUGGGGGGGAAGGCACUGCCACGAAUGUAGAUUAGAAUGUUCGGGGUCCAGGGUAUAUGUGCUAAGCUGGAGUGAAACGUGCAAUGCCAAUUCCUAUUUUUUGUUUAUGCUGUGCAGUAAUACUAAUGUAACCACGGGUUAAAAACCUCCCUGCUCUGCAAAGAGUGCUAGACUUUUGGAAAGCUGGGGAGAAGCAAUGAGGUGAGUGAUGGCCAAGCACAUGAAAUUUGCUUCUUGGUAUAGUCUGUCUGCUUUGGCUGGUGGUAGCUUGUUCUCCUGCACCUUUAGGAGAUUAACUUGGUUCUAUGUCUCUAGAGGCUGGUGAUUCCCUAAGUGCAACUGGUGCCAGGUGUGUGCAAUGGUAUGUGGGUACAGAAGGCUGCACGGGUCCAGUGACUGCUGGUAAAUGCAGGCGCUCCAAGGGAAAAUAUCCAUUUGAAUUUUUUUGAGGGGGGUUGCACGUUUUUAAAAGUUCUUAUUCCACUUCUUUCUGUCUUCAGAAGGAGGUAAAGCCCAAGCAAGCUACCUGAAAUCCCAUAUCUUCACCUGCUAGGAUGAGUGGGUGCUGGAGGAGGAUCCUGCUCUGCAGCACCAUGCUGGAUCCCAAGCCUCACUCUGCAAGUCGGAGGUGAAUCCAGGUGAAAGUCAGCUACCACAGUAGGUGUCAGGAUGACCAAAGCACGGCUCCUCCGUCUCUCUGUGGUGCUGGUCUCCAUCUUCAUGAUCCUCCUGAUCAUUGUGUACUGGGACAACGUGGGGACGGCUCACUUCUACCUGCACACGUCCUUCUCCAGGCCUCGUUCCCCAGGAGCCAUCCCUGGUAUCGCGGCAGGUGAAGACUGGGAAGCCUUGCCAGAUGUAGAUGAAUUUUUGGCAAAGCUGCUUAGUUCAAGCCUGAGACAGAACAACUCUACCCCCCGAAAGACAGAGCAGCUCCUUGUCCAGGGCUCCAACAAGCCUGUGGUGAGUAAUUUGGAGGAGAAGGUGCGGGGCUAUGACUGGUCUACGCACAAGGACAGGAACAGCCUGGACCAAGAGAAGCUGCAGGUGGAGAGGCAGAGAACGCUGCGGGAGUUUUGUGCCAAUUCCAGCUUCACCUUUCCCACCAAGGAGCGCUCCUUCGAUGACAUCCCAAACUACGAGCUCAACCACCUGAUCGUGGAUGACCGCCACGGCGUCAUCUACUGCUACGUGCCCAAGGUGGCCUGCACCAACUGGAAACGAGUGAUGAUUGUGCUCAGUGAGAGCCUCCUGGACCAGGGCGUCCCGUACCGGAACCCUCUGGACAUCCCCCGGGAACACGUCCACAACACCAGCACCCACCUGACGUUCAACAAAUUCUGGCGCCGCUACGGGAAGUUCUCCCGGCACCUCAUGAAGAUCAAGCUGAAGAAGUACACCAAGUUCCUCUUUGUGCGGGACCCUUUUGUCCGCCUCAUCUCCGCCUUCCGCAGCAAAUUUGAGCUGGAGAACGAGGAGUUCUACCGGCGUUUCGCCAUCCCCAUGUUAAAGCUCUACUCCAACCACACCAACCUCCCCACCUCUGUUAGCGAGGCCUUCGGGGCAGGCCUCAAAGUCUCCUUUUCUGACUUCAUCCAGUACUUACUGGAUCCCAGGACAGAGAAGAUGACCCCCUUCAAUGAGCACUGGAGGCAGAUUUACCGCCUGUGCCACCCGUGCCAGAUAGACUAUGAUUUCAUCGGAAAGCUGGAGACGCUGGAUGAGGAUGCUGCUUAUUUAUUGCAGCUCCUCAAAGUGGACAGGCUACUUCGCUUCCCACCCAGCUACAGGAACAGGACUGCGAGCAGCUGGGAAGAUAACUGGUUUGCCAAAAUCCCACUGGCUUGGAGGCAGCAGCUCUACAAGCUUUACGAAGCAGAUUUUGUACUCUUUGGCUACCCCAAGCCAGAAAACUUGCUUAAAGACUAAAAGUGAUUGGGCAAUGGGUGUGGGAGGGAACAUCUGAAAUACCAAAAAUGUUUAAAGCCUCCUCAUUUUUGCUCUUAACUCCCUUCCCCAUACAGGUUGGUACAAUGGAAUAUAUUUUUUCUACUGCUUCCCCUUCCAUUUUUGCAAUAAUGUCAGAAUCCAGGGUAUUCCAGCCAGCUGUGCAUAUGCAAAAAAUGCCAUUUUUUUGGUUAUCAUUGGUUUUCUGUUUUUUAAAAUGUCCCCAUAUUUUGCAAUGGGUCGCUGCCCUUGGUCAUUCUGCCAACUGUGUCCUUCAGUAGCUUUUUAUUAAUACUUUUUAAAAAUUAAUAUAUUUAAGAUAUUUAAUACAAAGCGUGUGUUGUGGCAAAGGAAGGGAGGGAA